AAAAAAAGGCCCAUGAAAAAAAAAAUAAAGAAAUACAGAAAUACAGAAAAAUGGUAGCAAUAUCACUGUACAAAGGCAAUCUCCACAAAAUCUCCGAUGUACCGCACCGAUGGCCGAUGCCGGCCCGAAAACUCUCUCUCCGAGACUUUAAAAUCCUCCAUCGUCGCCGUCUCAACGCACUCUCCCUCCUCCAGUCUGCCUCCACUCCAGCUGCCGAUAUCGCCACCACCUCAAACCCUAACCCUGGAAUUGGACCUUCCGAUGAUGCUAAGGAUGAUAAUAAGCGCGAUUCUGGUUUUGAAGUUAAGUUAGAUCGCCUUGAAUUGGAUGAGGGACAGAUUAUGGAGAAGCGGAAGGAUUUGAAGGAGGUUAGAGAUGAAAAAGUGUUGGAAAACUUGAUUAAGGAUUCUGAAGCAUUGGCUGAGGAGAAGAAUGGUGACAAUGUCGAAAAUGUGGACAAAGCAAUGGUUCUGGUGAAUCCUGAAUCUGAGGUAUUGGUUUUAUAUGUUUCUUUUGUUGAAAAUUUUCUUUCUUAUAAAGUGUUUUUAAUUUAAGGCUUUAGAUUCCAA